AUGGAACUGUCCGAAGAACCUCAAUCUAAAGAUGAUAUUGACCUGAAAGAAUCUCAGAAUGACGCGAACCAUGAUUUUGUUUUUGGAGAGAUUACCGAAGAAGGCCCUAACUAUCGCAAUGUGGGGGUGUUAGGAACUGUGAUUCUCAUGAUGAAGACCCAAAUUGGCCUAGGAGUUCUUGCAAUACCGACUACGUUUGAUGCGCUGGGGAUUGUUCCUGGAGUGAUAUGUCUAUGUGUGGUUGCGUCCAUCAUGACAUGGUCAAAUUAUGUUAUUGGCGCGUUUAAGCUCAAUCAUCGUGAGGUCUAUAGCAUUGAUGAUGCUGGUGCCUUGAUUUUUGGUCCAAUCGGCCGGGCUGUUCUCUCCGUGUCAUUCUGUCUCUACUGGAUAUUCGUCAGCGGCUCGGGGAUCCUUGGAAUUUCCAUUGGUCUGAAUGCAGUAUCCACGCAUGGUACAUGCACGGCUGUAUUCUCCGUUGUCGCCGCGAUUUUCGGGUUCACUUUGAGUAGUGUGCGCACGCUCGGAAGAAUCACUUGGCUCGCCUGGGUAGGACUUCCGUGCAUUUUGAUUGCGGUUCUGACCGUGACAAUUGCGGUCAGCCUCCAAGACCGCCCUGCCUCCGCUCCACAAUCCGAUAAUCCCUGGGUUUCCGAUUACAAGAUAGUCGGAAGUCCGUCUUUCACGACUGGAAUUACGGCCAUCUGCAAUCUUGUUUUCGCUUUUUCGGGAACGCCAGGGUUCUUUGCAAUCAUUUCAGAAAUGCGCGACCCGCGAAAAUACACAUUCGCUUUACUACUCUGCCAAGCAGGAGUCACUGGUGUGUAUAUUAUAGUCGGAUGUGUUGUUUAUUAUUAUUGCGGGUCAUACGUCUCUUCCCCGGCUCUCGGCUUUGCUGGUGGAGAUGUGAAGAAAAUUGCCUAUGGCUUUGCCUUGCCAGGCUUAAUUGUCACUACAACUAUCUGCUCACAUAUACCAGCAAAAUUUAUAUUUGUUCAUAUACUUCGAGGUUCCCGACAUCUGAACAAAAACACACCCACUCACUGGAUUACGUGGAUUAGCUGUACUUUGGGAGUUGCUGUGAUAGCCUAUAUCAUAGCUAGUACAGUCCCCGUCUUCAACUCAUUGGUAGCACUGAUAGGCGCUCUACUUGGCCCACUCAUGUGCUUUCAACCUAUGGGCUGCAUGUGGCUCUACGACAACUGGUCCCAAGAGAAACGACUCGCAAGAUUCUGGCUGGCCAAGGCUUCCUGGAGCAUCUUUGUGGUUGUACUGGGCUGCUUCCUCACAGUUGCAGGUACUUAUGGAUCCGUAGUUGGAAUUAUGGAUGCCUAUAAAGCUUCUGGGGGCUCAGCCGCCUUUUCAUGUGCUGACAACUCUAACUCUACAUGA